AUGGCGGAAACAAACACCAACAAUUACAAGUUCAACCACACCAUGAUCCGCGUCAAGGAUCCCAAGGCGUCGGUCAAAUUCUACGAGCUCCUGGGCAUGUCCGUCAUCAAAAAGCUCGAGUUCCCCGACAACAAGUUUGACCUGUACUUCCUCGCCUACGACGGCCCUACUGCGCGCUCGCAUGGUGCUUCGCCCAUGGAUCGCGAGGGCGUCAUCGAGCUCACGCACAACUACGGCACCGAGAACGACGACAACUUCCAGGUCAACAAUGGCAACAAGGAGCCUCACCGUGGGUUCGGCCACACGUGCAUCAGCGUCGACAACAUUCAGGCCGCCUGCCAGCGCAUCGAGGAUGCGGGCUACAAAUUCCAGAAGAAGCUCACUGACGGCAGAAUGAGGAACAUUGCCUUUGCCCUGGACCCUGACGGCUACUGGGUCGAGAUCAUCGGACAGAACGACUGGCAAAAGACGGGUGAUGUCAAGGAGACAGAUGUCGGGACGUACCGCAUGAACCACACCAUGCUCCGCGUCAAGGACGCCGCCAAGUCCCUCAAGUUCUACCAGGACAUCUGCGGCAUGCAGCUCUUCCGCACGGUGGAGAACAAGGAGGCCGGCUUCAACCUGUACUUCCUCGGCUACCUGGGCAACAAGGGCCCCCACACGGAGCCGCCCAGCGACACCCAGACCGCCGAGCGCGAGGGUCUGCUGGAGCUGACCUGGAACUACGGCACCGAGAACGAGGCCGACUUCAAGUACCACAACGGCAACGACGAGCCGCAGGGCUUCGGACACAUCUGCAUCUCGGUCGACAACCUGGAGCAGGCGUGCCAGCGCUUUGAGGAUCUGCAGUGCAACUGGAAGAAGAGGCUCACGGACGGACGCAUGAAGAACGUUGCCUUUUUGCUGGACCCCGAUGGUUACUGGGUUGAAAUUGUGGCCCAGAAGUUCUGA